AUGUGCUCAUCAUGGCUAUUUGUAUUAGUAUUAUUUAUCGUGUUUUUUGCUAAUAUUGAAAGUCAACUAUUUCAUAAAUUGCAAGAUAAAAUUAAAAAAGUAGCAUCAAACAGAUUAGGUGUGAAUGUUGCACGAUAUGAUCGUGAAGAAAUGAUGCUAUUUCCAAAUGUUGGUUUUCAACGUAAAGAAGGUGAUUGGCGUUUAAAUCUACAUGGUUGGCGUUAUCAGCCGUCAACAAAGAAUAAACUCAUUGGAAGAUCAUCAUCGACAGCUGCUCAACGACUUGCUCGUUUACUUGCUACUUCUGAACAAAUGGUUUAUUAUAAUGAUACAUUUCAACGAGAUCGUAUAAAACCGUUUAUGGUUCAAGAUGAAGCAUAUGAAAAGAUUCAAAUUAUUAUUGGAACAAAACAUAAUUCUACAACAAAAACAGAUGCCGAAGGACAAUUUCGUACAUCAUUUAUUAUUCCAAAUGAAGAUGUACAAGAAUUAAAACAAACCGUAAAUAAAAAUCAAGUUAUAAAUUAUCAAGCUAUUGGAGAUAAUGAUGAUGGUUCGGAAGGCAAAAUUUAUUUACUGGAAAGAAGUGGAUUAUCUAUUGUAUCCGAUAUUGAUGAUACAAUUAAAAUUAGUGAAGUACUAGAUAAAAUUCGGUUGAUAGCCAAUACAUUCAUACAUGAAUUUCGCGUAGUAGAAGGAAUGCCUGAAUUAUAUCGUGAAUGGCAAACUAGACACAAUUGUUCAUUUCAUUAUUUGAGUGCUAUGCCUGAUCAAUUGUUUACAGUUACCAAAGAAUUUGCUGAUAAGCACCAAUUUCCUGAUGGUACUUUUCAUAUGCGUCACUUACAGUGGUCUUCAUCGUCAAUUUUUAAUUUCGUUCAUUCAAUUGAUACAAAAAUGCACAAAACCAAUCAUAUACGUUACUUUAUUUUUAAUACAGUACGUUCAUUGGUAUUAGUAGGAGAUUCAGGUGAACAUGAUCCAGAAAUUUAUGGAAAUGUUGCGCGAAUGUAUCCAAAAAGAAUUUUGCGUAUUUUUAUUCGAGCUGUAAAAGGUGAAAAAGUUGAUGAUGAACGAUUUUUCAAAGCAUUCAAAGAUGUACCAAGAGAAAAGUGGCUGGUUUUUACUGAUCCACUCAGAGAUUUACCGAAGACUUUAAUUAAAACAUCAACUUCAGAGAUGCCAAAGUCAACUACAGCGCCAUCAGAACCAAAACCAAAACCAAAACCAACGAACAAGAAACCCAAACCUAAAGCAUAG